AUGACUACCACCAGACAUGAUCUUAUGUAUUAUGUUUGUUUACUUAGAAGAUUCAUGGAAUCUCCUACUAGGCAAAAUAUGUUGGAUGCAAAGAGAAUUUUGAGAUAUAUGAAAGAAAGUCUGGGACAUGGCAUCUGGUACAGAAGGCGAGGAGAAGGAGGAGGAGUAAAAUUAAUAGGCUACACUGACAGUGAUUAUGCAGGUGAUGUGGAUGAUAAGAAAAGCACCAGUGGUUAUGCCUUUUUCCUUAUAGGAGGGGUGUUUUCAUGGACAUCCAAGAAGCAACCUAUUGUUAUCCUAUCAACUACAGAGGCAUGA